AAAAAGAUACUGUUUGGCUAAAUAAGGGAAGGCGAGCUUUCCUUUCUUGAACACACAUCCAAUUCUUUCUCUCUCUUGAGAGCAGUUUCCCUAGUCUAGUUGGUGGCUUUUGGUAGCUGAGAGAUCAGUUCAGAGUCUUCAGACCUAAUACAACUAAGGGUGAAGAAUGGCGAGAGAGAAGAUCAAGAUCAAGAAGAUUGAUAACGUGACGGCCAGGCAAGUCACCUUCUCUAAGAGGAGAAGAGGUCUCUUCAAGAAAGCUGAAGAGCUUUCUGUUCUCUGUGAUGCCGAGGUUGCUCUCAUCAUUUUCUCGGCUACCGGCAAGCUCUUUGAGUACUGCAGCGCCUCCAGCAUGAAGGAUACGAUUUCAAGGUAUAAUCUGCAUUCUAAUAAUAUCGGAAAAUUGGACCAACCCUCCCUUGAGCUCCAGCUGGAAAAUAGCAACUACAUCAAAUUGAGUAAGGAAGUUGCUGAUAAGAGCCAUCAGCUACGACAAAUGAGAGGAGAAGAUCUUCAAGGAUUGAAUAUAGAGGAAUUACAACAACUUGAAAAAAUGCUUGAAUCAGGACUUGCCCGUGUUAUUGAAACAAAGGGUGACCGGAUUAAGAACGAGAUCUCUUCACUUGAAAGGAAGGGAGCACAACUGUUGGAGGAGAAUAGACUACUUAAGCAGAGGGUGGUCAACUUGUAUAACGGAAAAAGGCUUGUCCUAGCUGAUUCAGAAAUUGCCAUCCAGGAAGAAGGGAUGUCAUCAGAAUCUGCCACUAAUGUUUGCAGCUGCGGCAGCGGCGCCCCUUUAGAGGAUGAUAGUUCUGAUACUUCUCUCAAAUUAGGGCUUCCCUUCUCUAGCUGAAGUGGAUGACGGAGCGGAUUCUCGAGCUGUUAAAGCCCGACCAAUGUCAUCUUGAGAAGAAGUGUUUUAUUUAGUUUGUAAAAACGAUGGAACUUGUUGUGGAUUCUUCUAUAUCGUCUUGGCUGGUGGCACUACUAUUUGUAUAAUAGUCUGUAUGCCUAUGACAUCUCUAGGAGCACUACUCUUUCUCUUCUUCGUUUCUUUUAAUAAAAAAGUACGAUUGGCCUA